AUGGGCCGGGGGGGCUACAGGCCGGGCCGGCCGGUGCUGGGGGGGGUUAAUGGGCCGGGGGGGGCCCGGAACGCGAGCGCGGGGCCCGGGGCCGGGGAGCGGCUGCGCCGCCGGACCGGCCGCUCCAGGGUAACCCCGGCCAUGAGGCUGCUCCGCGGCGGGCUCCGCUUCCUGCUCCGGCCCGGCGGCGGCCCCGGGCCCGCGGGCCCCGCCGCCUACACGCAGGGCCAGAGCCCCGCGCCCCGCGCCCGGGACUAUUUCUACUACAUCGACCACCAGGGCCAGCUUUUCCUGGAUGAUGCCAAAGUGAAGAACUUCAUCACCUGUUUUAAAGGUAACGCCUUCCCUUCCCCGCACACUGGGCCCCUGCAUCACAUGCCCCGAUUCUGCUCUCCCUUGUCACCUCUCCAAUGA